AUGCAUUCAAAAAUUGUCUUGUUACUACUACUUACCAUAAAUGUACUUGAAAUUAAAUCCAGCGUAGUUCCUGUAGCACCACCUUUAAGAUACACUUUGAUAUCACCCCAGAACAUACGACCAUUUGCUGCCCAAGUUAGCACAUUCACCAAAGGCCUUGACGUUUUAUCGGCACCUUUGGCAGCAGGAGUUUUAAACCCACCAGCAAUUGUUACUAAAACCAUUGGAUUACCACCUUUAGUUCCUGGCCCAGCUCCCAUAGCUCUACCAGGGCCAAUUCCACAACCUACAUUUUUCCCUGCACCAUUACCUGGUCCCAUUCCUGCUCCAAUCGCAUUACCUACACCUGUUGCAUCUCCAGUUGCAUUACCUGCACCUGGAGUAUCUCUGUCUUUUGCUGCACCCUCCUAUGUUCCUGCACCACCUGCACAUGUACUGCCAUUUCCUAACGCCAGAUCUGUGCAUGCAGUAGCUCCAGCUGUAGGACCUACACUAUGGUAG